GGAGGAAUCAUGGCAGCUGUGGUUGCUAUUUGCAGUGGUCUAGGGAGGAAAGAGUUGACACGCUUGGCAACGGCUGCCGUCUGUUUCCCACAUCGUGACCCUCACGCAGUGCUCUGGAGCAGAGGUUGUUCACAGUAUAAACAGGUGACCAGCAACGAGGACAUGCCUGUUCCAAUGGAAAAUCCUUAUAAGGAGCCUCUUAAGAAAUGUAUCUUGUGUGGAAAACGUGUAGAUUAUAAGAAUGUACAGCUUUUGUCCCAGUUUAUUUCUCCAUUUACUGGAUGCAUUUAUGGAAGGCACAUAACAGGACUUUGUGGGAAGAAGCAGAAAGAAAUCACAAAAGCAAUUAAGAGAGCUCAAAUACUGGGGUUUAUGCCAGUUACGUACAAGGAUCCUGCGUAUCUCAAAGACCCUAAAGUUUGCAACAUCAGAUACCGGGAAUAAAUUACAUAAUGUUACCACCAAUAAACUUAUUUUACAGUAAGUGGUUGUAUGAUGCCAAUAUUGACUCAGACAAACCUUUGGUUAGAAAAGUGUUUCAGGAGUGAGAUCAGGAGUGAAACUUCCCCUCCGUACCAGUGAAUGCCCAUUAAACAGAUCACAUAUUUAAAACAUUAAUAUGCAUUACAUUUUAGAUACUUUGAAUAAAAGUGGUACUGUGUGAUUG